UUCUGUUUUGCUUGUAUAUGGAAGCCAUUUCAGCAUUUCAGGCCAAAGAUAUUUUCAUGGUGAUUCCGGGUGAUAAAAUUUGUAUUUUCUAUAUGCUUGCACUGUAAUUGCUCGAAAUAAAUGUGUUUUUCUGGUGUUGAUUGCAACUAGUGUGAAUAUAUCAAAUUUAAAGCAUUAUUUGUGUGAGAAAAAGUCUGCCAAUAAUUUCCGAUUACAAAGUUUGCGCAACCCGAUUCUUCGCCUGGUCCAAGUUUGCGUCCGUAAUGAACAACAACGGAUUCAGUACGGGCGAGGAGGAUUCCCGAGGUCCGGCGGAUCAAGUGUGCUGCCUGCUGGAAGAUGGCGAUCGCUGUAGAAAUCAAGCCGGGAAUGCGUCUUACAGCAAACGUAUUCAAAAGACCGUGACACAGAGGAGGUUGAAGCUCAGCAUCGACACAACUGCAAGGCACAUUUACAUCUGUGAGUAUCACAAGGGAAAAAUCCAGUGUGCCCGCACCAAGCGCCGUCGCCGAGACUCCGAGGACGACAGCAACGAAACGGAUUCGGAUCUGCUGGAAGUAGACCUGUACCAAUUGCAAGUCAACACUCUUCGGCGGUACAAACGAUUCUACAAGGUGUCCACUCGUCCAGGUAUCAACAAAGCUCAACUAUCAGAGACCAUAAUGAAACACUUCAAAACCAUUCCAAUUAAGGAAAAGGAGACUCUCACCUAUUUCAUCUACAUGGUAAAGUCCAACUCCAACAAGCUAGAUCAGAAGAACAACACCAGCAAUGAGGCCACCUGAAAAUGAAUUCGUCCUCUUCAGAGGAAUUAGAUGUAGUUUGCAUUUAUAACUAAUAUUGACCCAAGUUGUGCAAAAUUAUUUAAGUUUACUCAUUUAAAUUUGACUUUUUUAGCUUGUACAGUACGAUUCUCCCAAUACAGAUCAAAUAUACGGAUAUUCCAGAAAUGACUAACAUCAAA